CCUCCACCGCGCUUCCCCCACUUUCAAGUUGUCGUUGAUCGCCUGCCGCCAGAAAUCACAGCACGCACACAAGCUGGAGGCCAUCCGACUCGCGCUCAUCUCAGCCGUGCACGGCGCUGGGCUCGUCGACCGCGACUCACACCGCCACUCUGGAUCAUCAUUCCCUACGCUGGCCUCGCGCCGCCGCAGACCACUGUUGGGCUUCCUACCACGGGCGCGCCGCCGUGCGAACACGACCGCCGUCGCCUCCGCCUCCGAGUCCGCCGCCGCCAUCUCUGCGCCCCGCCCACAACCCCGCUCGUCCCCGCACUCCAGUCCCGACGCUCGCGCGCAGCCGCUUGAAUCACACUCGCAGCUCAUGACCGCUACCACCACCACCGCCACCGCCACAGCCACCACUACCACCGCCACCACCGCCAACGCCACUGGGCUGCCUGCACAGCAGGAGCCACUACAGCAGACCAAGGCCAGUCUGAAGGCUUGGUGGAACCAUUUUCGCUUCGCCCAGCAGGCGAAGAAGGAGGCGGAGGAGAAGAAAGGGGAGGGCGUGGUGUUUGGCAAACCGCUCAAGGAGAGCCUCAAGUACGCAAGUGUGCAGAUCUCGACCGCGAAUGCGAAUGGAGAGCUGUAUGUGUGGGGCUACAUCCCCGUCGUCGUGGCAAAGUGUGGCCUUUAUCUCAAGGAGAACGCGACGGAGGUGGAGGGGACCUUUCGCGUGAACGGAUCGGCCAAGCGGAUGCGAGAGUUGCAGGCGGCCUUCGAGUCUCCUCCUAGAUAUGGCAAGAACCUCGAAUGGAAAAAGGAGCACUACACGACACACGACGUCGCAAGCGUGUUCCGACGAUACCUCACCCAAAUGCCCGAAUCUGUGAUACCCCAUGACAUGUACCAUUAUUUCCGCGAUGCACUUGCCAAAAAACCGUUCAACCAGGACGAGGUGAUCCAGACGUACAAGCGGCUCAUCCGCUCGAUGCCCCGCGCGAACCAGUACCUCCUCCUCUACGUGCUCGACCUCCUCUCGGUGUUCGCGCGGAAAUCAGACAAGAACCUCAUGACCGCAAAGAAUCUCGCAGUGAUCUUCCGCCCCGCGCUGAUCGCGCAUCCGAGCCACGAGCUCUCGCCACAGGAGCACCAGCUGAGCCAAGACGUGCUCGAGUUCCUCAUCGCCCACCAAGACUGGUUCAUGCUCGACAUCCCACCACCGCCCGCGCGCUCCGACAGCGCCGUCACCGUCCCGCCCGCCGCCUCCGAGCACACGGACCUCCUCUCCAGCUCCGACGACGAGCACGCCGUGUCCGGCGGGUGGAAGCGCGUGCCCGGCCAAGCGGGCGCGCGGCGCAUCACGCGGCGGCGCACCACGACGGAGCGGUCCUCCAGCAUACAUGCGUCGGCGGAGGGCGGGGAGCUCUCGCCCGUGCUCGAGUCGCCGCCGUCGCGCGCGGAGAGCUCGGUGGUGGGCGUUACGCGGAGCAGGACGCUUCCGCCGCGGAAACCGGGGAGGCAGGCGCAUGCGGUGGGCGGGGGCGCGGAGGAGGACAGACAUGCGAAGAUGAGGAAACAACGGGCGUCGCACCAUGGCUAUACAGAAGGAUCGGGCGAAGGUCCCGCACCCGCGGGUUAACGCCGACCUCGUCCCGAACCGUUUGUUCUCCUCCGUUCUUCCGUUGUCCCAGUCCCGGUAGACGCGGGCUCGCCGUUGUCCGCUCCUCGAGUAUACCACGUUUGUUUCUUGCUACCCCCUAUUUCAUACUGCCGCAUGCUGUGCGGCCGGGUUGUUUGUUCCAAUACUGCGUAUAUGUUGUCGUCGUACUUAUCCCUCGCUCCGUGCUCGUCCAUCUCGCCACGAACGGUUCUUAUCGUACCUCAGACAAGCGAUCAUGUAUAUAUAGCAUCUAUAAUUGUUGGCCCCUAUCUGGCCCUUUGAUUCCUGAUACAUCAUAGCAGACGAUUGAC